CCGACGAUCACCGAAGUCGAAGUUUGCGAUCCAUCCGCUUACAAAAACUGAGCUCCACUGACGUCGACGACGGUUUUAUUCGUUUCUUAUUGCUUGCGCUUGUUUAGAGGGUUUCUUGUUCUUGGAUGAUUGGGACCGAAGCUUCCGCGAGCUAACGACCUCGGUAUCAAGAGCUUCAGCUGAACAUCAUCUCUUAUACUACUCUGUACUUCUUAAGCUUUCAGUCUUCAAGUCAACUUCUUACAUCACUUUCUGGUAACUUACAUCUUCAACAAUGGCCUCAAUUGGCCUCCGGUCCUCUGUGACCACCCGCGCCAUAUCCCUCCGAUCCUCCCAUCUACGCCAAAUCCCUCCAACACAAUACCCACGAUCCUACUCCAACUCUUCAAAGCCCUCCUCCUCAAGCUCAAGCUCCAACGACUCCAUCGCAAGCAGCGCAUCCUCAGCACCAAGCAGUAAACUCAAUGUCUUCAGCAGCGAAUGGGAAGACCUCGACACAUCCAUCAAGUCCUUCGCCGACCUACCACAUCGACUCUUCGGCGCGAACCAACACAUGAUCAUCAACUAUGAGCUAAAGGAAGCUUUGCGCCUUAUGCUGCGGCAGUUCAACGCGCCGAUAAUGUACUGCUUUGCUUACGGCUCUGGUGUCUUUCCGCAGAGCCCUUCCAAGGCUAGUAUUUCGGAAGCAGACUUUCGCGCUGUGCAUCCGAAUCCACCGGAGGCGUUGAUCAAGUCGCAGAAGGGAUCGCCGAAAGUGCUGGACUUUAUCUUUGGUGUUUCGCAUGUUGAGCAUUGGCAUUCGAUAAACAUGAAGCAACAUCGGGAUCAUUACUCGGGACUUGCAUCGCUAGGUUCAGGCGUGGUAUCGCGAGUGCAGAACUGGGGUGCUGGUGUCUACUUUAACCCUUAUGUCGAGGUCAACGGCAUGCUCAUCAAGUACGGCGUCACAAGUAUCGAUAACCUCGUUCGCGACCUUUCUUCAUGGGAUAGUCUAUACCUCGCCGGUCGUCUUCAAAAACCCGUCAAGAUUCUCCGCGACCAUCCUCGCGUCCGACUCGCCAACCAACAUAACCUCAUCGCCGCAGUCCGAACAGCUCUUCUCCUCCUCCCACCACAAUUCACCGAAGCUGAACUCUACAGCACCAUCGCUGGCCUAAGCUAUCUAGGCGAUCCACGAAUGGCUCUCCCAACAGAGAACAAGAGCAAAGUCACAAACAUCGUCGACAACAACAUCAUUCACUUCCGUCGUCUCUACGCUCCUCUCGUCAAGACCCUUCCCAACGUGGACUUUACGGGUGCAUGCCGCAUCGACGACACAGACUGGAUCAUGAACCCCGAAGCCGGCAACACACUCCAACAAGACAUGGAUCCCAAACGUCGCGGUAACAUGGUCAGACGACUCCCCCAAACCUUCCGCUCCCGUCUAUACUUCCAGUACCAAAGACGUUUCGGCAUCCCCCGCGGAGAGUUCAACGAGCUCAUGAAAGCCUCAACGGACGAAGAAGGCGGCGCCGUUAAGAAGAUGCAGGGCGGGGAGUUUGAGCGCCGCAUCGCCACAGACGACGCCCGGAAACUCAACGAAACGGUGCGCAUCGUUAUCAAGCAAACGGUCAACUGGCCAAGUACCGUGCAAAGUAUCAAGGGCUUAUUGAUGGGUGGAUUCUCGAGAACGUGGCGCUAUCUCGGGGAGAAGUAUUCAAAGUACAAGAAGGACCAAGAUAGUAAAAAGAGCAAAAAGGCGUGAUCAUUUCUGUAUAUUUACAUUAACGCACAACUUCACGUACCAUGAAUGAGAAGUACAAGGACAAAAAGCGAAUUGGUAUAGACGUAGCGAAGUAGCAAAAAAAGACUCUGGACAUAGUUGUCCAUUUUUAUGAUUCAUCAUGGU